AUGCAAAACAGAAAACAGCUUUCCGGAAAAAAGAAACGAUUUUUGCAUAAUGUGACCGGGCGUAAAUUCAGUGGAAUGGAAAGGAAGCCGCAUCCAGAUGUGGAAUGGCUGGACACAAACGGUAAACCAAUUGCCACAAAAUCUGAUCGUUUCAAGGUUACAACAGUUGGCCGGUUAACAACACUUACAGUACUGGGAGUGGAUAAUGAUGUACAAGGCAAGUAUUUGCUCAAAGUUAAAAAUGAAUUGGGCGAAGCAAAAUGCGAAAUCCUCGUUGAGGUUCUGGAACGUCCAGUUAUACCAGGUCGACCAAUUCUUGAAAAGCAGAAAUUCAAUUCGGUGAGCUUGCAAUGGAAUACAAUACCACAAGCUGCUAACCAAAAAGUAGAAUAUAUCGUUGAAAUGAAAAAGCAAGGUGAAGAAGAAUGGGUAAAGGUGGUCGAAACUGUUCAACUGAAUGUGACAGUGAAAGAACUUGAGUCUGAUAACACGUAUCGGUUCCGUGUACGUGCCAGCAUUGCAGGUGUUAUAAGCGAGCCAUCUGAAGAAUCGGAAUCGUUUUUCGUUGGAUAUGAGAAAUUGGAAAAGAAAGAGAAUGGGCAGGUUGAAAAACAGAAUGAAGCAAUUAAUUAUGAUGAACUCUUUACCGAUGUGAAGCCAUUAGAAUACCGUGAUAUCGAUAUGCUAAAACUUUCUACUGAUUUCGAAUCCAAGUACAUACUUUGUGAAAAGAUCGGUAUAGGAGCCUAUGGCACUAUUUACCGAGCAAUCGAACGAGCAACCGGUAAGAAUUGGGCUGCAAAAAUGAUAAAAAUAUCACCUGAUAUGAAGAAGGACGUGAUAAUGCAUGAAGUCGAGAUAAUGAAUGAACUCCAUCACGAGAAACUGCUUAACCUUCAUGAAGUAUUUGAUAUGGACAAGGGAAUGUGCUUGAUUGAAGAAUUUAUAUCUGGUGGCGAUCUUCAUGAUAAAAUAAUUAGGGAUGAAGCGCUAAUGUCAGAAGAUGAAGCGCGUACUUUCAUUCGGCAAAUUCUCCAAGGCAUACAGUAUAUGCAUAACAAGGGUAUUGUACACCUUGAUUUAAAGCUGGAGAACAUAAUGCUUACUUCAAAUGAAAGCAACGAUAUCAAAAUCAUUGAUUUCGGUUUGGCACAGAAACUGGACGCUAACGAAAGUCCGACAUUAUUAUUCUGUACAGCGGAAUUCUGCUCUCCGGAAGUGAUUAAUAAGGAAUCGGUUGGCUUGAGUGCUGAUAUGUGGGCUGUUGGUGUGAUUACUUAUUCAUUAUUAUCCGGUUUAUCACCGUUUGCCGGAACAACAAAUCAGGAAAUAAUGGCGAAUGUAUCAUCUUGUGACUGGAAUUUUAGAGAUGUGGUUUGGGAGGAAGUUUCCAAUCUUGCUAAAGAUUUUAUUGCUAAAUUGGUCGUCAAAAAUAAAAGUGAACGUAUGACGGUGACCGAAGCACUUGCACAUCCGUGGAUCACAACGACAAAGUUGAAAGCGAAACGUGGAAAAAUGCUUUUGGCCAAAAAGAAAGAUUACAUCGUUCGCAAAAAUUUCAGCGAUGUGCUAAUACCAAUUGGCAAACUUGCUAAAACUGGUGCUAUUUUCCGGCGUCGCUCAAUGGACGGCACUUUUGAAAGGAAUAUUAAGUUUGAAGUGAACUUUCUGCCACGACUGCUGAAGAACUUAGAAGAUGUUAUUGGGAAUGUUGGUGAUCAAAGUAUUUCGUUAAUGUGUGAGAUCGAAGCGCUCCCACAACCAGUGAUUCAAUGGUUCAAAGAUGACAAAGAAAUUUGCAUGAAAGCUGAUAAAUAUGAGGCGAAAUAUGAGGGCUGUAUUGUCAAACUGAAUAUAAAGAAUGUUGUUAACACAGAUUCUGGAGUCUAUUCGAUAAUUGCUACAAAUGCGCUGGGCUCUAUAAGAAGUGAAGCCAAAGUGUCGGUAGAGAAAGUAAAGGAGGAAAAGAAGAAAAAAGUUAAGAAAAUAGUCCCUGAGGAUAAAAAGGAAGCUAAGGGGACAACAACUCCAUUUGAGUUUAAUCCUAAACUUGCUGAUGUGAGCGCAAAAGUUAGCGAUUCAAUAUUACUUUCAGUCGCAAUUAAUUCACAUCCGGAAUCAGAAGUUCAAUGGUUCAGAAAUGAUGAAGCAGUUGAUAUCAAUAAUCCAAGAUUUAUCAUCAAAAAAGACAACGGUCUUCAUAGUCUGAAAAUAUUAUCAUGCGAAAUUACGGAUACUGCAAAAUGGAAAGUUGUGGCGCGAAAUGCCACUGAUCAAUGCGAAAGUGAAUGUAAUAUCAUUGUAGAGGUAUCAAAUGAUUUCAAAGCGCCAGAAUUCAAGAAACCGCUUGUAAACAUUCAAUGCGAAGAGACGUCAAUGGUGACACUUGAAGUAGGUGUAUUGGCAAAACCGUUACCUGAAAUCAUUUGGUAUUUUGGAGACCAUGAACUGCAUGAAGGGGAACGCUAUAAACUGCAGUAUGAUGAAGAUAAGAAUAUACAUUCGAUCACAAUCGUUAAAACUGUUACUGAAGACAGUGGAACGUACACAUGUUGUGCGAAGAAUCUUGCUGGUACUGCUGAAACGACAUGUAGUCUUGUGGUCAACCAGUCGCUUUCUGAUAAGCGUAGUAAAGAAGGUGAUAAAGCACCAAUAUUCCAGAUGCCAUUAACAGACUGUAAUUUGCUGGAAGGUGACAAAUUAACUCUCGUCUGCGCCAUUACUGGUGUGCCAAAUCCUUCAGUUAAAUGGUUUAAAAAUGACAAAAUACUUAAUGAAACUGAUUGUACAACUAAAUAUGAAAACGGUACGUGCACAUUGACGAUUGCUUCGGUGAAACCAUGUGAUGCUGGAGUUUACAAAUGCACUGCUGAAAAUAUCAGUGGUACAUCAAGAUCGGAGUGCAAAGUGCAUAUUCAACAGGCGGAAACAAUGAAAAUAAAGCCAUACUUUGAAAAAUCAUUAACCAAUAUUUCAAUAAAUUCCGGUUCUGAAGUUGUUCUAGAAUGUAAAGUGAUUGGAAAACCUAAGCCAAAAAUAACAUGGUACAAAGAUGGUAUGAAAUUGCUGCUUGACAAUCGAAUGUCGCAGCACUUGGAAAAUGAUGGUAGCAUACGGCUUAAUAUUAUUAAUAUUAGCGCUAAUGACAGUGGCGUAUAUUCAUGUGAAGCAGUAAAUGCAUUUGGAAAAGAUUUGAGCAAAUGUACGGUAGAAAUCAUCGAUACCGAUGUAAGUACAAAGAAACCAACACGAAAAGAAGAAAAAGGAAGAUCACUAGCUGCUGUGAACGAAAACUUGAAAGCACCAGUAAUUAUCAGACCACUUGAAGAUGUUACCAUUUAUGAAGGCAAUCAUAAGAUAUUAGAAGUUGAGGUUGAAGCUUAUCCUCAACCUAUGAUCGAAUGGUUCUUGAAUUCUAAGAUUCUUAAAGAAAGUCGUGACAUGCAAACUUAUUUCGAUGGAAGCCUUGCGAUUCUUAAGAUUAAUGACGCCCAUAUAGAACAACAAGGAGAGUAUCUUUGUCGGGCAAGCAACAAAGGCGGAAGUGCUGAAACAAGGUGUAAUGUGAUCGUUAAAGAAGAUUUAGCAAAGGACGAAAUGUCGAAAAUGCCGGAAUUCAUUGAAAAAAUGCAGAAUGUAAGAGUAAAAAAUGAAGGAGAUGCGUUAACAUUAAAAUGCAAGGUUACUGGCAAACCGAAACCCGAAAUUCGGUGGUUACUGAAUGGGAAAGCUAUUGCGGAAGAUGAUAAAAUUCGCAUUCGUACAUUUGACGAUGGCAUAUGUGUAAUGGAAAUUACUCGUUUGAAAGCAGAACUUUGUGGUACUUAUACUGCAAUUGCACAUAACAUCUACGGUAAUGCUCAUGCUAAUGCUGAAAUAUCGCUUGACGCUGUUGAUUUAUCUAUGAAAAUGAAGGGAAGAGAACCGUUUUUUUUGGUGGAACCGAUACGAAAUUUGGUUAUUGAGGAAAGCACUACCUUACAUAUUGUUUGUGAUAUUGAUGGUGAACCUGAACCGAAAGUGACUUGGUUCAAGGAUCAUUCUUUGAUCAAGGACGAUCGUUUUGCAAUUCAGAAGGAAGGUACCAACCAUCAGAUUACUAUCGCUUCCGUAUUACUCAGCGAUGAAGGUGUUUACACGGUAGAAGCGGAAAAUAGUAGUGGAAAAAUCUUCGCUGAUAUCGUAGUGCAUGUUAUUCCCAAAUCAGAAUCGGAAGCCUGCAAGGAAAAAGUUGAUCUAUCUAAGCCUAGCAUUUCAAUUGGUCAACCAUAUGCUACACAAAUUACCAAGAAUACUCUACAGCUAAAAUGGACAGCACCCGAAGAUGGUGAUUCGAAAAUUGAAUAUGUUGUUGAACAGCGAAGGCCUGAUGACCAAACAUGGACGCAAGUGGGUGCAACUGUGGGAACAGAACUUCUGAUUACCGGUUUACAACCCAGUACCGAAUAUAAAUUCCGUGUUUCUGUCAAAAAUAAGGUUGGCCAAACAGCAUAUUCGCCACCAUCAACAGCUAUCAUGACACUUCCAUCAGGCCAGAAACCAGUUUUAAAAAAUAUUCCACCUGCAACAUUGAUAUUUAAUGAAAAGGAAGAUAUUGAGCUUAGUGUAGAAUUCGAAGGAGAACCAACACCAUUUGUGAAGUGGUAUCACGAUGGUAUCGAAUUAAUCGAUGGCAAAAACAGUGUGAGAGUAACUACUGUAACUGACAAAUCGAGUAAAUUAAUUAUCAAGAAGCCCAAAGCAAGUGUUCAUGUUGGACUGUAUUCUUGUCACAUCGGAAACGAAGCUGGUGAGACAGUCUGCGAAACACAUGUCAUCAAACAGGAUGAUGGAAUAACAGUCAAAGAAAUGCAAGAUGACAAGAGGAAUGAGCUUCUCGAAGGGCAACCACAAAUUGUGGUACCACUUUCGAAUGAAACUACUGCGGCAGGCCAACAGUUUAUUCUUAGCUGCAAAAUAAUGGCAUCGCCAAAAGGUGUCGUGUCAUGGUUUAGAAAUGAUGAAAGACUGGCUCCUAUUGGACGUUUUGAAAUGCUUGAGCAGGAUAACAUUUACAAAUUAAUAUGUCACAAUGCUCAAGGCAACGAUAGUGCGACAUAUCGAUGUAUUGCAAAGAAUCCCAUCGGAAUCGCACAAUCAUCAUGUGAGGUAACUGUUUUAACAUCAACUCAAAACAUGGCACCCAAAUUCGAAGUAGCACUGAAGGACAAAACAGCUCUAGCUAAUAAGGAAGUAAAACUAAAAUGCCGUAUUCUUGGCGACCCUCGACCUCAGGUUACAUGGAUGAAAGAUGGCGCUAUGAUCAGUACAACUCGCCGCCAAAAGCUUGAAUUCACUGAGGAUGGCUGGUGCUCGCUUACAAUUUUCAACUGUACCGCAGAAGAUACUGGUUUCUACCUGUGCACAGCAUGCAAUGUACUUGGCAGUGCGAGUUCCCAUCUGAUGCUGACUGUCGCAGAAAUCGCUGGCCCGGAUUCACAUUUGGUUACAGCCCAAAAUAAAGAAAUGCAGUACUGUAAACCAAGAUUUACCCGUGUACCGGGUGCAGUGGUCGAAACUACCGAAGGAUCUACGGUAAAAUUAAUAAGUCGCGCUGUUGGUCUACCUAAACCGCUCGUAAGAUGGUUCAAAGACGAAAAAGAGAUUACAAAAGUGAACCGUGCAUAUGAAAUAUUAUUAACCGGAGAAGGUGAAUCGGUACUUCUCGUACCGUAUGCAGUUACGAAAACAGCUGGUAUAUUUAAAUGUGUUGCUGAAAAUUCAGAAGGCUCGACAAGUUUCGAAAUGCAACUUGUUGUACAUACUCUUCUGCAUAAACAAAAUGAAGAGAAACAGGCACCGAGAUUCACGAUGGAUUUGACAGAUAUCGGUGUUGCAAUUGGAUAUCCUGUAACAUUGAAAUGUCUUGUCACGGGUACUCCUGAACCUCAACUUAAGUGGAUCUUCAUUAACGAUGCGCAGCAAACAAGUGUGUUACGUACAACAACUGAUUCUGCUUGGGCAGAAUAUCGUCAAGGUGAUAGUUGUGAAAUGAAGACUGAAAGUGUGGUAAAAACCCAACAAGGUACCUAUCAGUGUAUUGCUAGUAAUGAACAUGGGCGAGCAAUAACUCAAUGCUACUUGUUAGUCGGAGAACCGUUUAAUCAGCCAGCUGGGCCACCACGUUUCCUGAAAUGUCUGCGUGAUAUAUGGGUACCACUGGGUGAAGAUAUUGAAUUUGAAGUUGAAGUGAGUGGUUAUCCACUCUCGGAAUUAACAUGGUAUCAUCUGGAUGAAAAAGUUCAUGAAGAAAAGAAUAUUCAGAUUUCAUAUAUUACUCCAACCAAAUGUCAACUGAAAAUAACAAGUCUAAGUGUGUCUCAUCUUGGUACCUAUUCGGUCGAAGCAUCAAAUAUCCACGGUAUUGUGCGGACAACUGCAUCACUGAAUGUUGGAAAAAAACUUUCCGAAGUGGAAUCACCAAAAUUUCCUGAAGAUUCCAAGGAGAAGCUUACAACAGUUUUGCCACAAGAUGCGUCAUCAGAGAGACCAGGACUCCCCGCGGCUGGAAUGCACCGAGUUGGAACUCGUCUGGAUGUGAAACGGAAAGGCGCCGCACCAGCAUUUUUAAUUGGUUUAGAAGAUCUUGAAUUUCGUGAAGGUGAUGCAGCUGCACUGGCUGGGACUGUCGCCAAAAGACGACGACAUCGUAUCCAUGGCAGAUCAGAUGGGAAACGUAUCAAACAAUUUGUGACAUUAAAAGACAUGGAAAUUGAUGCUUCUGCUUCUAGCAGUUCACUAGAGCCACAGAUCGAAAUUACAACACUAGAAGAAAUUCGAGCAUCAAUUGCUGAACGAAAUAAAAAUAUUUGUCGGCCGAAAUUCAUGGUGAAACCGAAACCGAAAAAGUCAAUCGCCGAGCAUAAAUCACUCAGGUUGAGGACUGCUAUUUCGGCUAAUCCAGUGCCAGUUGUACGUUGGGAUAAAGCUGGUAUUGUGCUGGAAACUGGUAACAAAUAUUCCAUUUACAAUGACGGUGAUUUCUAUUAUCUUGAGGUACAUCACGUAUCCAAGAUCGAUGAAGGCUUCUACAAUUGUUCCGCGUCGAACACUGAAGGUUUUGUAACUUGUACCGCUGAAAUUGAAGUCGUACCCGGUGAUGGUACAAGAAGACUACGGAAAGGAUUGGCGGCACCAUCGUUCAUUGAAGUGUUACCCGGCAAAUUCAAGGCGAUAAACGGUGACCCGCUAUCAGUAGAGUGUAGCGUAUCAGGUUAUCCGGCUCCAACAAUCCAGUGGCUUCGAAAUGGUAGCAUACUUUUACCUGAGCAUGAUCGCUAUCUGAUAUCAUAUGAUGGUGAAACAACAACACUUAACUUCGUUAGCAUUGCUGCAUCAGAUACUGGAAAAUAUGUCUGUAUUGCAAAAAAUCAAGAAGGUGAAGCUAAAACAGCAAUGCAACUUGAUGUUGAACCAAGAAAGAUAUCGCCAACUGGUGGUACACCACCGAAAUUCCGUUCUGAUGGACGACGAGAAACAGUCAAAGCAAUGGAUGGUGACAAAGUGGUUUUGCUUGCUGAACUAAUUGAAGGUUCGGAACCAAUAACGAUACAAUGGAUACGUAACAAAAUGGAAAUUCAAAACUCCAGUGGAUUUGGAUAUUCGCGCGAGGAGGCGAAUUGUUAUUUGACAAUAGCAGAUACAUUCCCAGAAGAUGCGGGAGUGUACACUUGUGAGGCGAGAAAUGAAUUUGGUGUUGCUAAGUUUAACGUUCGCCUCGUUGUUACAGAACGUAAAAAGCAAAGCGGUUAUGAAAAUCCACCGGUUAUUGUAAAUGCACCAACAAAUAUGAGCGUUGAACAUGGGAAUGAUUUGAUCCUAUCAGUGACAGUACGUGGAUAUCCUGAACCAGCAGUUAUAUGGACUAAAAAUAUGGUUUCAAUCGCUUCUGGUGAAAAAUAUCAGAUGGCAAACAACGGAGACAUAUUCACAUUGACAAUCCGUAAUUGUACCAAGGAAGAUCGUGGUAAAUACGAAUUACAAGCGGUCAAUCUUUCUGGUACCGCUAAAGCGAUAAUCGCUGUUGACGUUACUGAAGUUACAAAUCUGGAUGCUGUUAUGCCAAGAUUCACCAAAUUGCCAAUUUCGAUUCAAAGUGCAAUCGGACAGAAAGCGAGCUUAACUUGCAAUUUUAAAGGUUUACAAUCGACAGUAACAUGGUUUCAUGACGAUAAGAAAUUAGUAAGUGGACGUCAUGGUAUUGAAAUUUCAUCAACAGCAACAACAUCAACUCUCUCAAUUUUGCAAUUAGCGGAUGAACAUCUUGGUGAAUAUCUUUGCGCAGUACGUAAUGAAUAUGGCGAAGAUUUGGCAAAAGCAGCUAUCUUUCUUGAAGGUUCAUCAGUAGCGUUAUCUUUGUUAAAUGGUAAUUAAAAUGAGAAUGAUGGAUCGCUUACUUACUAAGAAAUUUUAUUCACUUCUUGAUCUCACUGUCUAUCUGAAGAAUGUUACAAUAACGAAAUAUCAAACUAUCUAAACGAUGUACACUGAAAAGACAGAAUCUAAAGAAGAGCACACACAACACAUAUAUAUGUGCUAUCUAUCGGUUUGUAUCAUACUAAC